AUGGUCGAGGAAGCUGUCGACUCCUCUUCCUUCGCAUGCCGCCUGGAGCGACUGGAGGCGCUGAUGGCCUCGCUGCCAAAGCAGCUGGAGGCCCUGCACAACCGCAUCGAUGCCCUGGUCCUGUCCGGUUCGCCGGGGACGCUGGGAACGCCAUCGAGGAGGCCCAGCCAGGUGCGUGUCGAGGACGGCGAAGGCCCCGUGAACCCCGAGGUCACCAGCAUCGCCAUGACGGCGCCGGUCUUGGCCUCCACCACGACCCAGUUCACGGCCCUUCACGAGCAGCUGACGAAGAUCCGCCAAGAGAGCGAAAAAGAGGAGGAGGAGGGCGAGGAGGAUACGGAUGCCAAAGCGGGCCCGAAGCAGACUCGGUUCAUGUUGCUGCCGGGCAGCACCUCCUUGACGAUUGUGGGCAAGAGGCUUAUCCGGAUGGGCAGUCGCCUUUCCCAGGGGAGUGCCCCCAACAACUACUCCUACUCACCGGCGCCGUUCAGCCUGCCACCCUCCUGUUGGGGGUGCUUGCCCCUCCUGGGGCUCCAAGAAGAGUUCGGCUGGGUGGCCUCCACUUUGACUUUUCUGGGGCUGACGCUCACCAGCCUCCUGCAGCUGCUGUUCGCCUGGAUCUUGUCCCAGGGCUUCUUGGAGAAUAGCUACACUGGCCAGGACCUCCGUGAUUGGCGCCUGCUGGCCCACAGUGCGGCCUUCUACGACCCCGUCUCGGGCACCUCUCUGGCGAACCGAAUCUGCCGAAAUGGAAGCCUCGACCUUCUCGGCGUCCUCAACGAAGUGCGGGGCUUCCUCCUGCCGGCCUUCCUUCUGCCAGCAGUUUCCGACAUAUCGGUGGGCGUCCUGCUCAGCAGCAUGGCGAUCCUCAUCUGGGCUUCCUACGUCACCGUUGAGGUGGCAGCCGCCCUGCGCCUGGUGCGUGCCCUCCACCUGCUCCCAUGCAACGAAACAGCUGUGGAGCAAGUCGACGCGUACCGCAGCUUCAAAAGCAUCAGUGAUGAGCGGCGCAUUGGCGUCUCCCUCCUCCUUUUCUGCCGCUGUGCCGUUCUACUGACUCUGGGCUUCACUGGUGGUGUCUGGCUCUCGAGGCUCCACGAUGCAGAAGACAUCCUGCGAGACUGCGUGACACUUGUGAUGGUCCUCGAGCUCGACGACCUAGCGUACAAGCUUCUGACAGCGCACAACAGGAAGGCCUACUUAGGUUCCAUCACGACCUUUGUGAUCCAGGAGGGCCAUCAGACGUUGGGCUGCUCUCUGGCCAUGGUAGUCAGGCUCUUAGGCCUCUUCCUCACGGUGAUCUUUUUUAUCAGCUUUCGAUGCGUGCACAGCGCCGAGUUGGGCCAGGAGAUCAAUUCCGUUCUCUGUGGUGGCAACGUGGACUUCGUCUUCUCUACACACCCAAGUCUGGGGGCUCCCAUCGUUCUGGACACCCACAGCCUUGAGUCGGGUGCUCAGCAGACCCAUGCCUGGGCUUUCAGCUACGAGCGGCAGGCGGACCAGGCCAUGUUCAACAUCACCCUCCAACAGGGCCAAGUCGCGGUCAAGCGCGCGGCCUCCGUGGAGGAGCUGCAGGCAUACCUGGCGCUCACUGAUCGCCAGGCAUCGGAUGGAUUCGUCACCGGAUGUGAGGAUCUCGGCCGCGAAUCCCUGGAGGGCGCCUGGCUGUGGCCGGCGAUGGAGGCCGCGGGCGCCAGCAACUGCCAGCAGGCCAAGCCCUUCUGCGACCGCCGGGACAUGCCCCUAGCGCGCCUGCUUUGCCCCACAACCUGUGGUUGCUUCGAUGCAGCCAGCGGCCUCUUUGCCGGCAACGGCUGCAGGCAACGUUGCUACCAGGAGGCGGACUUGUUCAACCGGACCCUGAGCACGGCCCCAUGCGAGGACCUGGAGUCCCAGGGCGACGAUCGCAGCCCUGCUUGGUCCCGGUGGUGGCAAGGCUUCCGCCAAGCCUACAGCAACAUGACCUCCAUCGACCCCUCCACCCUCACCUUCGCUGCGGGCCCCUGCUCCUUCUUGACCAUGCAAGAGGACCACAUCCGGGAUUAUUUCUGCCACGGUGGCAAUGACCGCCCUGGCACCGCCCUCUGCCCCGUCACCUGCGGCUGUGCUUCCGGGACCAUCUCCAAGUGGUGCCCUAGCACCUGCUGA